AUGCCGUACAACAACACCCCAAUCGCUCCUCCCCGAGAAGUCAGUGGCCAAGUAUCGCUGCCUCUCGCCCGAGUCCAAAAAAUCAUCGCCGCAGAUCCCGACCGCACCCAUGUCUCCAAGAAUGCCUCCUUCGCCAUCGCACUAGCCACAGAGAUGUUCAUCCAACACCUAGCAACCACUACCCACAACGUCGUCAAAGCGGAGCGGAAACCGCGUCGGAAUAUCCAAUACCGCGACGUUUCGUCUGCGGUCGCUAAGACGGAUAAUCUGGAGUUUUUGGUCGAUGUGGUACCGAGAACCGUUACGUAUAAGGAAUAUAAGAAGAGGAGA